AUGAAAAAUAACGCUAAAAAGGCCAAAACGGCUGCGUCAGUUUCCAUAACUGCUACACAAGAACAAGGACCAUCGUCUGUUGACAAUAGUGUGAAUAAUGGGAUGGACAGUGGAAUAUUACCUUCGGCAGCUAUGUUAUUACAUACCAGCGAAUCUCAUCAACAAAAUCCUCCAUCAGAUUCUCCCAUGAAUCAAUAUUCUGAUAUCUAUGCACCAAGACCAGCAAAUAAUAAAUCAAAUAAGCGUAAACUAGAUGAGUUGGGUGAUCCAUCGUCAGCCGAGUUCGCGUCAUCGCCUUCUGUUAAACCACAAAAAACUGAACAGGCCGAGCCAGAACGUUCGCUAAGCAGGACAGGAACUCCUCUAUCUAACGGACCCUCAGGACGAAAUGGCAGUGAUAUUGGUUCUGGAUCGUACGAAUUUGCUCCACCAACUCAGAAUACUGGUCGUGCAACGCCAAAUUCCUCGUUACUUACACGACAAACGCCCCCUCCACCGUCUUUACAGCAACAACAAUCACAUCCACCGCCGUCAUCUUACAUGUCAAUGUCACCACGUAAUCAAUAUACCGUAACCAGUGAUAGUCCAUUUUUACAAACAAAUAACCAAGUGUUUGUAUUCACAACACAAUUAGCUAAUGAGGCGGCAGAAUCGGUAUUGAAAAAUGAGCAUCCAAAUAUAAUUGAAUAUCAUAAAUCUUUACCAACUACUGCUCAAUAUAUAUCAACUCUUUCAAAUAACAACCAUAAUUCACUACUUGGUGGACCAAUUCAUAUGAAUCCACGAACCGGGUGUCCUUCACCACGAUCUAUGCAAAUGAUGAUGCCUGGUCCACCACAUCACAGUCCUCACAUACCACUUCAUAAUGGUAAUAAUGGUCCACCACCAAACUGGCCACAUCCACAUUAUCAUCAACAGCAACCACCAUUUGGUCGUUUAACGCCCGGUUCUGGUGGUUUACCUCCACCAAGUCAUCUUCUGCCACCAGGUCCGAUGAUGAUGAAUGGCUCACCGCCACCGCCUGGCAUGCGUAUGGGUGGAAUGCCGCCUAUGCCAGGCAUGGGACAACCAUCGCCGGAUAGUAUUGAUAAUUUAACACCUGAACGAAUCAAACAUCGAAAGAACCAGUUAGAUAAGAUACAGGAGAUCAAAUCAAAAAUCACUGGUGGACGCGGUCGUGGUGGAAGAGGCAAAGCGAAUGCUGCCGCUGUUGCCAAUAUGCCACCUUCGAUGAACGGUGGUCCACUUGAUCCGCAUCAGCAGCAAAUGAUGAUGAUGAACAGUCCGCACAGUAUUGGUCCACCACACCAUAUGAUGGGAAUUGGACCGCCACCACCUCCUCAUAUGCUACCGCCAGGUAUGAGAGGACCUGAUGGAAUGAUGCUUGACAUGAAUGGCGCACCACCGCUACCACAUGGCUAUAUGAAUGGACCGAUGCCACCUGGCUUUCAUGGACAGUUUGGACCCGGUCCUGGCGAUUCAUACGGACCACUACCUCCACACCAUCCACAGUCGCAAGCUGUCAGAGAUUGGAAUAGAAUGCAAAUAGAACAUCUCGAAGGAAAAGCUCAUCAAAUGCGUGGACAUCCACCACCAUAUUGUCCAACGUCACCAUCAUCGAUGACGCCACCGAUUGCAUCAACGUCAAUGGGUGGUAGUUUAGGAGUGAAUGGUAAAUUGAUAUCACCUCGAAUGGAUCCGUCCGCCAUGCCACGACUAUAUAAAGUUGGUCAACCAGAAAAAUUCAUUCCAGAUUCUUUACCAUCAGGAAACAAGAAACUACCUGGCGAUGUCGGUGAAGUACAACUAACAGCAUCGCCAACACAAAUGGAUUACAAUGAAUUCGGUAUGGAAGGUGAAGAGUUGAUAAUUACUAGACAUUUGAAUCGAGCUUAUCGGCCAGGCAACGGAACAAGCGGCGGACCUGGCUCAUCUUCAUCAUGUAAAGAUGAACCAUUGACACCAUCGGGACGUUCAAAUUCAACACCGCACAACAAUUCUAAUGUUUUACCAUCAGGACAACCAUCCUCUCAGCAACAGCAACAGCAGCAGCAACUAUCCGGUUCAACCACGCCUACACAUCAUCCACAAGGAAUGAUACCACAGAGUGUUCCUGCUGCUUCGCCACGUUCAUCAAAAUUAACAAGCAACAAUAACCUGUCAUCUCCAUUAAUGAUGUCAAAUACAAACUCAGCCAAAGAUGAACCCUUAGAUAUCAAUAGUGAUCCGAAAACGCCAACAUCAAAUAUGGCACCACCUCUAAGUAGUAUGCUUCAGAUGGCCAACAGUCUACAAUCAUCCAGUUCUCCAUACAAUCCAUCAAGUAAUCAGAGCUCUAAACAAUCAAUGAACAGCCCGAGCCUGCCACACAUGUCCAAAUCAAUGGAUCAUGCGAAUAUGCCACCACAACAUAUGCAGUUUCAGAAUAUGAAUCCUCAUCAUCGUAUGUUAGGACCGCCGGAUUCGAUGCCACCUCAUUUCAAUCCACAUCAUCCUGGUAAUUUUCCACCGCCACAUCCACACAUGUACAAAAUGAUGCCUCCACAUCCCGGCAUGGAUCCAAAUGGAAUGCUAAUGCCACAUCAUGGCGGUCCAACACGUUCAUCAAAAGGCUUACCACCUCUGCCACCAUCAUCCGAUCCAAUGCAACAACAUCUUCAUCAUUUACCUCCUCCACAUUAUCUUAAAAUGCAUAAUAUGGAUCCACUACUCGGACCACCACCUGGUCAUCAACAACAGCAUAUGCGUUUUUCGCCGAUGAUGGACGAUAAUUUUGCUAUGGGACCACCACCUCAUCAUUCUCACAUGCAUCCACAUAUGCAUCCUUCUCAUCAUCCAAUGCAUGCCAACGAUGGCAGACUACCUCCUCCACCACAAUCAAUAAAUAAUACCUACGUGUCUGCAACAAUGUCUAUUCAACAGUUAAACAUUCAAAAUCUAGGCCCCGGAGGACCACCGGGUGAACUCCCGCCAGGUACAAUUCACUAUCAUGCAUCAUCGGGAAAUCUACCUGAUCUUCAACAACAAUACCCACCAAGUGAUCCACAGUUUGCCUCGCAGUUCAAUGAUCUACAAGCACCACCAUCAAAUCUCAGUGUCGAUGGUGGUCAACCACCACCAUAUUGGUGA